AUGCGCCUGGAGCAGUUUGGGAAGGGCUGGUGCAUUGAGGAGCAGUUGCUGCAGGUAGAUGCCACCAGCUCAGCUGCAGAUGAGCUAACACUUUCUGCAAACCCCUUCACAGAAGAACUCAGACGGCUCCAGAACACCUUGGAGCAGGUCAAUGAUGGCAAAUCUUUACUUCAAAGCCAUCAGCUUGCCAUGGAUGAGGAAAAUAACAUUGAAAAAUACCCUAUCAACUUACAGCCUUUGGAAUCAAAAGUGAAAAUCAUCCAGCGAGCAUGGCGCGACUACCUGCAGCGGCAGGACGGGCCGCAGCACGAGGCGCCGGAGAAGCGCAGCCCCUCGCCGCCGUCCCCCGCGUCCGACAAGCUCAGCAGCUCCGUCAGCAUGAACACCCUCUCGGACAGCAGCACGCCGGUGAGUGCGGCCCCGGGGCCGGUUCUGUCCCCGUGGGUGCCCGCGCGCCUUCCCUGGGCUACCACGUAG